AUGUCCACACCAUCCACUGCGACUGCAACUCAUCAUCCUCAGCCUCAGCACUACGGAUACUAUCAGCCCUCCGCGUCGUAUCCGACUCCGACCACCACCGCCGCAGGGGCUCGCCUUGCAAAUCCCUACACCUACGCCAUUCCCUCUCCAACCAUCUCCACCACACCCAACUCCGCUGCUGCUGCGAAUCCAACCACCACAGUGCCCUACAGUCAACCUUCGCGAAUUGCUCCGGUCACAUCUUCGCAGGCUUCGACCCAAACGGUCAUGGCAUCCUCCCAGAGCGCCCACAGCGCGUCCCACGGUGGGCGGAGAAAGAAACCCGAUUGGGGCGAAUUCUACAAGAACGGCCUCCCCAAGGAGGUCAUCGUGAUUGAUGACAGCCCUGGUCCCGAAUCAUCCAAACCUGCAACAGGCACAACAGGAGCCGCUGUAUCACCCUUUCAACCAUCAUCGACGGCGGCGGCGCCGGCGGCGGCUGCUGCUUCCUCACAUGGUGUCCCAGCCAACGGCCAGGCGUCCGUGGCUCAACCCGCUGGCAAGCGGCGCCGCACGGGGAUUGAGACCGCGUACGAUCUGGGACAUUACGAUCGGCCAUCCUUCUCAAUAAAUCCCCAACAGUACGGAGAAGAAUCGCCUGCACAUUCCAGAUCCACCGAUCGCACGACGUCACUACAUACGACUGCCCCGACCUCCCUCGGGUCACAGGGAAGCACGGCGGUCAACAAUGGGGUCUACUAUGAUGAUGGCGCGGUGGGCCAAAAGCGCAAGCGUACCACGCGCAAGUCCACUCGAGACGAGCAGAAACGCCGCGAACUGGAGACUGCGCCGGAAGCACUCCCCAGUUACAUUCCUCCCUCGAAACCCAUCAUCAAGGCCAAGGAUGUACCGGUCCCGCUUGUUCGAGACUAUACCGCUGGUCGGGGUGAAAAGUACGACGACGAUGAUGGCCACUACAUCGUGAACCCCAAUACACCACUUACAGAACGAUAUUCAAUUAUCAAGCUUCUCGGCCAGGGGACUUUCGGUAAGGUUGUCGAGGCCUACGAUAAGCAGCGAAAAUCUCGAUGCGCGGUAAAGAUCAUUCGUUCCAUUCAAAAAUACCGAGAUGCUUCGCGCAUCGAGCUCCGAGUCUUGUCGACUCUGGCCUCGAAUGACCGCUCCAAUCGCAACAAGUGCAUUCACCUGCGCGACUGCUUCGAUUUUCGUAACCACAUCUGCAUAGUGACCGAUCUUCUGGGUCAGAGCGUGUUUGACUUUCUCAAGGGCAAUGGCUUCGUGCCAUUCCCCAGCAGUCAGAUCCAGAGCUUUGCUCGGCAACUGUUUACAAGCGUGGCCUUCCUUCAUGACCUCAACCUCAUUCACACCGAUCUGAAACCCGAGAACAUUCUUCUUGUCAGCAGUGCCUAUCAAACCUUCACUUACAACCGCACGAUCCCAUCCUCCUCCCAUGCCAACCCUCGCAAUGCUCGACAGCGACGCGUUCUUCUCGACAGUGAGAUUCGUCUGAUCGACUUUGGAUCCGCCACCUUUGACGACGAGUAUCACUCUUCAGUGGUGUCGACCCGCCACUACCGCGCGCCCGAGAUUAUACUCAACCUGGGCUGGAGCUUCCCUUGCGACAUCUGGAGUAUCGGUUGUAUUCUGGUGGAAUUCUUUACCGGAGAUGCCCUCUUUCAGACUCAUGACAACCUGGAGCACCUUGCUAUGAUGGAGGCGGUGAUAGGCUCUCGGAUCGAUUCCCGAAUGGUUCGCCAGGUGGUGCAAGGCCGUGCUGGCAACCACAAUGCUGCUGUCAAGUACUUUGUUCGAAGCAAGCUGGAUUACCCGAACAAUGAAACGACCCGGGCGUCCCGCAAAUACGUUCGGAUGAUGAAGACGCUUACGGAAUUCAUCCCAACCAAUACCCAGUUCAAUCGCCUCUUUCUCGACUUGCUCCAGAAGAUCUUUGUCUAUGAUCCCAAGCAACGCAUCACUGCCAAGCAGGCAUUGAAGCACCCUUGGUUCAAGGAGUCUCUGAUUGACGAUGGAACGGAAGCCUAUCGCAUUGGCAUGGGUCUUCAACGCCAGGCGGGUCCUCGGUCAUAG